CUUCAAUUUCCGGUUGACACAGACCCUGGCGGAGCGCUGUUGUGUAGCGCGAGGAGGAGGGCUGCCAUUUUGAUCUCAACGGUUUGGGAGAGAAGCGCCGAGGGGAGCUCCACUCACACAAACACACACACCCAACAGAAGACGCUCUAAGCGGGAAGGAGGACGGAUUCAGCGAGAAGGAGGACGGUUUCAUCGGGAAGGAGGACGGUUUCAGCGGAAAGAUGCUGUCCGCUGCGCAGCUGCUCGACGAGUUGAUGGGCCGCGACCGGAACCUGGCGCCCGACGAGAAGCGCUGUAACGUCCGCUGGGACCACGAGACCGUGUGUCGGUACUACCUCUGUGGCUUCUGUCCAGCGGAGCUCUUCACCAACACACGGUCAGACCUGGGACCUUGUGAGAAAAUCCACGAUGAAAAUUUACGGAAAACGUACGAGAAGAGCUCCCGCUUCAUGAAGGAGGGGUACGAGCGAGACUUCCUGCGCUACCUGCAGUCCCUGCUGGCGGAGGUGGAGCGGCGGAUCCGGAGGGGCCACGCGCGGCUGGCCCUGUCCCAGGCCCAGCAGAACGCAGGGGGUCCUGGUCCGGCUGGGAAGAACGACGAGAAGUCGACGGUCCUGACGGAGAAAAUCGAGGACCUUGUUCUUCAGAUCGAGGAGCUGGGCUCGGAGGGCCGGGUGGAGGAGGCGCAGGGCAUGAUGAAGCUGGUGGAGCAGCUGAAGGAGGAGCGAGAGAUGAUCAGCGCCAACCCCUCGACCAUCGAGAGCUUCGCUGCUCAGGAGAAGCAGAUGGAGGUGUGCGAGGUGUGCGGUGCCUUCCUCAUCGUGGGCGACGCCCAGUCCAGGGUGGACGACCAUCUGAUGGGAAAGCAGCACAUGGGCUACGCUAAGAUCAAGACCACCGUGGAAGAACUCAAGGAGAAGCUCAGGCGCCGCUCGGAGGAGCCUGCCGGAGACGCCUCGCCCGUCAAGAAGGACCGCGAGGCAUGGGAGCGGGAGAGGGAGGAGCGGGAGAAGAGGAGGAAGGAGGAGGAGGAGAAGGAAAAGGAAAAGGAGAAAGAGAAAGAGCGCGAGAGGGAGAAGGAGCGGGAGCGCGAAAAGGAGAAAGAGAAGGAGCGCGAGAGAGACCGGGAGCGCGAGAGAGAGCGGGAGAGACGAGUGAGGCGCAGCGCCUCCAACAGCCGCCACUCCAGUCGUGCCUCGGACCGCAAGCGCAGCCGAUCCCGGGAGAGGAGACGGUCCCGCAGCAGGGACCGCGAUCGCAGACGGAGCAGGAGCCGGGACAAGGAACGCCGCCGCAGCAGCCGUGACCGCCCCGAAAAGAAAAGGUGCUCCCGCAGCCGUGAGAGGAAGAGAUCCCGCAGCCCCGAGCGCAAGUCCCACCGCCACCGCAGCCGUAGCCGAGACAAGGAGAGGGAGAAGGAGAGGGAGAGGGAGAAGGACAGGGACAAGGAGCGCGACAAGGACAAGGAGCGCGACAAGGACAGGGACAAGGGACGGGAGAAGGACAAGGGGCGCUCGUCCAGAGACAAAGGUGCGCUUCACGACCGUAAGGACACGGAGGAGAAGAGGAGCAGCAGUGGCUCGGUGAAAGACAAGCCGUCUGAUGGCAACGGCACGGCGGCCCCCCAGGCCUCCUCCGACGCAGAGCCCAUGGAGAGCGAGCCCGCACCCCCCGCCUCCUCCCCCAAGCUAAACGGCCAGCAAGAGCUCCUCCAUUCUGAAGGUGACACUCAGUCCAAUUAAAACUGAUCUGAUAGGACCUCAGAUCAGACUCAGGAGAAGCCGGGACUUCGUAGAGGAGAAAGAUCUGGAAGAGCCCCGCCUUCAGUGAAUCUGACGCUGCUUAAAAAUAAGGUGAACCACAGAUUAGUGGCUUAUUUAAAACGGAGAACUAGGAACGGAAUUGUUUUUAAUUGUAAAGUGUGGAGAGGAGAAGGUUCCUGUGUUUUUCUUCAUUGUUUUCCUGGAGAUCUUUUUGUUUGGUGGGAGUGGUUAAACGGUUCAUACGCAAAGUGUUUACACACUUAACCAAAAUGCAGAUUUUGAAAAUCCCACUAUUGCUUUUUCGGACUUUCUCUACCGUUCUUAUGUGUUGGCAUUUAGCACAGUUAUUUUCACCGCUAGAAGUGUGUCUUGGCCGGGGGUCUGUCCUCCACCUCGCUCGUUUGUGUUCCUCAUCCACCUGAUUGAAGCGUAUGUACAAUGCUAGACUGAUGUUAGGUCCUGUCUGUUCCCUUACAAAUGAGGGACUUGGGUCACCUUGUAAACAAAAAAGAAAAUGCAUUUUGAUCAAAACAUUUCAACGACCGAAAGUUUUGUUGAUUUUAAUGCUUGUAUGUCUUGAUGAAUAAAAAGAGCUAAGGUUUU